CCAUCUAUUGACACAUUUGAAAACACAGGUGCAACUCAGGUGUGCGAAACUGACCUCAAAAUUCAAACGGCUGUGGUACGGAGGUAUUAGAGGGUUGGAAUUUGUGCAAAUUAGACCCAAAGCUAACAAUUAAUGUUACUUCCAUGUUUAAAAUGAAGAAUCAAUAUUCCAGUGCCAUUUUUAUUUCAACGAUUAUUCUCGGACUUCUCGUCAGAAGAGGUGCUGCUUUAAACUGUUAUCAGUGUGACUCUGGCAGCGAUCCUGAAUGCACAGAAAACUUUGAUUAUGAAAACCCCAGUGGGACAUUGGUAGCUACAGAAUGUACAGUGGCAGAUGCUAAAUACUGUGUCAAAACUACAGGAGUGUGGGCAGGUGUUGUGGGCACCACCAGAUUCUGUUCAUCACGAGACAUGGGCACCCAAUGUCAGUACAUCACAUUCCCAGACCAUGAGAGAACCUACAGAGCCUGCAUCCACUCCUGUACUACAGACAGUUGUAAUUCAGCGCCGGGACUGAAAGCAGGCAUUUUGUUUGCAGGGAUACUCUCUGAUUUUUGCCAGAUUGCUUAGUCACUGAGCUGUUACAGACUACUUAAACUUUUCCAUUGUGAGGAAAUUCUCUUGAAUCAGCAGUGAUGCUGGUUAAAUAUCUCUACAAAACACCAUAUCAAAUGGUUAUUGAUGAUGGGAUCAAUUGAUAUUGGACCAGACAAUCAAUUGAUGAUGGGAUCAAUUGAUUGUCUGGUCCACUAGACCAACCUAUGCAUAGGGCAGACCAAUAUGUUGGAUCUCUGCACUUUUUAAAAACUGUUUAUCACACACUGUGAAUAUGUACAGGAAGUCAAUAUUUUUGAUAUAAAUAAAAUAGCCUGGUGUUGCAAGCAGCAAAUUUUCACCGUUGAUUGGAUACAAAUAUGGGUCCCUUCAAUGUAGUGACAUUGCUCACCAAUUAUUUCGUAGUUGCUUGUUGAGGGCAAGAGUGCUAGUGGAAAUUCAAAAAUAGAAGAGACUUUAAAAUUGCAUUUUCUUUUUAAAAAGGUAGUCAAGAAUGUUCUACUUGAAAAGGACAUUUGCCUCAGUGUAUAAUCCAUGGUAAAUUCUAAAUAUGUACAUAUGGUGCAAGCUCCGUUCCAUAGAAUGUAGAUCAUUUUUGUAUUCUUUUAAUAUAAAUAAAUUUUAUAAAAUUUU